GGCUGCUCUCCCAUCCCAUCCCAUUCGAUUCCUCUGCCUGCCAGUCUCGCACGCGCUUCUAACACCCGGUCACCAAAUCUCGCAUAAUCAGCUUCUCUCCGCAGCCCACUCUCGCCUGCGCCCACCAUGGCACCCGGCGUGCCGCUCGAGGCAUCGCUGACCGAGGCCGCCUUCCUGCUCGGUGCUCUGCGCGCCAAGCUUCGUCCCGACGGCCGCUCCCUGCUUGAGCCACUGCCACUCUCCAUCUCUCUCGGCGCCACGCCCGGCAGCGCCACAGUGCGGCUCGGCGACGCCCUCGUGCUCGCUCACACGCACGCCGAGCUCGUGGCGCCGCGCCCCGAGCGCCCCUACGAGGGCUUCGUCGAUGUGCGCGCAGAGGUGCAGCCCAUCGCGGGGCCGCAGUUCGAGCGUGGACGUGCGGGAGAGGAGGAGGUGCGCUUUGAGCGCGGCAUCGACCGCGCCAUUCGCAGAAGCGAGGCCAUCGAUCGCGAGGCGCUCUGCGUCGUCGCUGGACAGAAGGUCUGGAGCGUGACGCUCAAUGUGCACCUGCUCUCCUCUGGCGGCCCACUCGCCUCGCUCGACUGCGCUGUGCUCGCCUCGCUGCUCUCUCUGCGGCAUUUCCGGCGGCCAGACGCCACGGUCGAGGGUGGACCGGCACCUCGGCCACGUCGAGGUCCCGCAGCCGCAGCCGCACCACCAAUAGCGCAUGCCGAUCGAGCGCGCGUCGUGCUGCACGAUCCCGACGAGCGAGCUGCGGUGCCUCUGGCGCUGCAUCACACGCCGCUCAGCGUGUCGCUGGCCGUGUUUGAGCUGGAUGCAGAAGGCAGUGCCGGCGGCAGCGGCGGCAGCGAUUCCGAAGCCAUCCUCCUCGACGCCACGCCGCUCGAGGCAGCACAAGCAAGCGCCAGCGUCAACGUCGUCUGCACGCCACAAGGCGAGGUGUGCGCCGUCGACAAGGCAGGCGGCUCGCCGCUCAGUGCAGACACGCUUGAACGCGCCGUCGACAUCGCACGCCGUCGCGUGCGAGAGCUGGCAAAGAUCGUCGAGGAGGAGCUGGAGCGCGAUGCAAAGCUGCGUGCCGUCGAGGUGCCGCAAUAGCAUGGACGUAAGACGAAAGAGUGCGUGUCUGAGGCUAUGCGCUGCGAACGCGGCUGUGCGAGCGUCGGAACGUGCAAGGACCGUUGCCAACGGCCUGAUGCCGGCGAAGCUGCGGCGCACGCCGGCCGCUGGGCGCAGCGCGCUCGCCGCCGCGCUUCGAUUUGCUUUGGGCAGGUAUGUAAAGCGUGCCAGAGGCGCGGUGCCACAUGCCACUCAACCGACGGCGUGCACUUGGCACGCACGCCGGCGUGCCUGGCGCGCCGGCACGAUGGCUUGCUCGAACACACGAGCGGGCACACGGAAGAGGGAGAGGUGACGCAUGCGCAUUUCC